CAAAUAUUUUUGUUUAUUGAUCGUUUAGAUACAUUUUGUUAUUCAAUAAUUCAUAUGUGAUAAUAUAAACAAAAAACAAGCUAUUUACAACAACCCUGAGUUUUUUAAUAAUUUUUAAUAACAAAAACAAAUUUUAAAACAUUGAUUGCAUUCAGUGACAAAAAGACAGACGUGAGAUACCGUUAUCUGUUAUAAUUUUAUUAAGGAGAGUGUGAGAAGAUAAUGAUCAAGGCGAAUUCAUAUACAUAGAUUCGCCUUAAUAAUAAUGUUUGUAAAAGCAGUUGUUAAAUAUUAAAUUGUAAUAAACAACAAAUAAAUUAAAAUAAAAAAAAAUAGAAAAAAAAACUGAAAAAAUAAAUAAAAAGAGGAAAAUUACUAACCUAUCGCCUUCUUGUACCAGAUUAAUCAGUAGUGCGUUGUGCUAUAACAAUUACAUUUGAUGGAAACAAAUGCUGUUGCAUUUCAAUAUAGUGUUUUGAAAUAAAAUAGAAAAAUUAUUAAAAAUAAGAUUCAUUAAGUUGUCACUAUAUGUUUAUAUGUAGUUUGUUUUGAUCUUCACGAAAAUAAAAUAAAAACAAAGAAAAAACAAUUAUGGAUGGCAUGGCCUCAGUACUAUUUGUCGUCACAAUACCGACAGCCAUUGAAGAGGAACGUCUGAAACGUGAGUUUCUGGCGAAAAAAUAUGAUUUAUUAAAAUCAGAACAAGCGGAUAGUACACCGACUACGGCCGGCACAUUCCCGCUAAAAACAACGGACAGUAGUAGAACAGCAACAACGAUCAAUUCAAAUAUUACACCAACAACUACAACAACAGGACUAUAUCAAAAUAAAAAUGAAGGUCAAAUUAUCAAUGACAAUGCAGAGACAAUUAGCACAACCACUAUAGGUGUACCCUCGAUCUCAGCUAGUGCCGAUGCUGGAGCCAGUGAUGAAAUAUCAGCUGGUGCACAAAUGGGCCCUAUACAAUAUGGCACAUUUCCCAAACGUAGAAAAUCUAGUCAGAAAUCCAAUAUAUUGGAAGAUCUUGCAGAUGCCAUGAAAUCACAGCAAUUUGCCGCUACUCGCACCAGCAGUCUAAAAGAUAUCGAUGCAAAUUCAACGGAUGGCUUGCCGGAUACACGUAAGUCUUGGGAAGGUAUUAGAGACAUUUUAUCUUCAACUAAACGUAAAAAUCUAAAAAAGAAAGACCAAUAUAUUGAUUUGGAAUUAUCGAAAGAUAUUUGUAUGGAAACUGUACUUAAAGAAAUUUUAAAAAAAUUUCAUAUUCAAAGUGCCACCUGGGCAAAAGAUGCUGAAGGCCGUAUGUAUCAGAUUUUCUUCACCGUUGAAUUUAAUGAAACCUAUGAAAAAAUAUUGGAUAAUUUAAAUGAAUGGGGUAUUGGAGAUCGUGAAGGAUCCACAGUGUCGGUAAUGAAUUGUUUAACCUCAAAAACUUAUUCACAAAAAGUUGAUAACGAUGUGGAAAAUGACUUUAGCACGGAAAAUAAUUUAGAACAAAAACAAAGCGCCUGGGAGCGUUUUAUGAAUUCGGUGCGCAGUCGUUUAAAUGUAGCAAAUAUUAUACGUGAUGUAAGACAAGAUGCUUCUAUAACUUUUGAUUUUGUAGUGCUGGUGGUAUCGGCAGCAAUUUUAGCUUCCUUUGGUUUGGUAGAGGAUAGUACCAUAUUUUUAGCCUCUAGUAUGCUGAUUUCACCUUUAAUGGGUCCCAUUAUAGCGGCCAUUUUUGGCACUGUCAUCAAAGAUCAUUCUUUGCGCAGUUUGGGCUUAAGGAAUGAGUUGUAUGGCAUAUUAAUGGCAGUAAUAGUAGGUUUCCUCUUUGGCAUGGUGGUUUGUACUACCGAUGAUCGCUAUAGCAUUGGUGACGGCCUCACAGAUGAAAUGAUUGCACGCUGUGAAUUACACUCGCUUAUAGUGGGUGUAUUUACCGCCAUUCCCUCGGGUGCGGCAGCUGCUAUUGGCAUACUGGGCGGUAAUAUAGGUUCUUUGGUGGGUGUGGCUAUUUCAGCCUCCCUAUUGCCACCUGCUGUUAAUUCGGGUCUUCUUUGGGCUUUGGCUUUAAUUUAUAAAUUUUUCGAAAAAGAUGAAUCACGCUAUAGUAAUGUGGUAAAAAAUACUCUCUAUUCGAAUAAUCAAGCUACCGAAUUGGCUAUUUUGGGCACAAUAAGCAUGUGUUUAACCAUUUCCAAUAUUAUAUGCAUUUAUAUUAUGGGCAUAUUAGUGUUAAAGGUUAAAGAAAUUGCUCCCGUGAUAUCGCGUAAUAAUCGUGAAUUUUGGAAACAUGAUAUUAAAAUUGCCCGAGUACUUAAUCGUAAUGGCUUCGAUACGGAUACUGCCAUAAUUGAUGAAUUCGCCAACUUACCGAAGGAGGAUCAGAAAGCUUUGGGUAUUAGCUGUGAUUUUCUGCGUAAUCUACAUAUGGAUGAAGCCGUCUACCAACACACUUGGUCCCCGGUGGGUGGUAGACAUCCAUUUGAACUUACCUAUGAUCCGAUUAGAGAUAAUUAUUCUACUGUUCAUCGCAUAGAGAGGCUAUACUCGACUAUAACGCAACAGCAUUCUAUGAAGGAGAAAAGGCACAAAUUUGGUUUGGGUCGCCGUCCUACCGGUCGUUUAACGGAUUUUGGUACUAGCUACAAAAUUCUUAGUGAAAAUCUGCCACGUUGUUCCACGAUGCCCACUAAAGUCGCCUGCCCCACCAUAAAUAUAAUAAAUGCCGAUGCAACCAUAACAGCCGGAUCAUUGGCUAGUGAUUCAAAAGGUACAUCUGCCACAAAUACACCCACUGGUAUGAUCGAUGCCAGUAAAAGGCGAAAAUUUAUUGUUACACCAGCCCAAGAGGAUCCUUUACAAUAUACGUAUGUCCCCUCGGAAGAUACUGAUGCUUAAUGGUUUUCCUUUAAAUAUAAAUUAUUGUAUUUUCUUUUAAUAUAUAUAUUUUUUUUCAUUGUAUAAUUUAUAUUGUUAUACUAAUUGGUCAGGUUUAUGUUGUAAUUUCAGAUUUUGUCAUUCUUUAAAAGGCUGUUUAGUUUUAUAUGCAGCCUUGCUUGUAUUUCCAUUUUGUUUAGUUCAAUUUUGUCCUUUUUUGUAAAUGUUUGAUAAGGAUUUUUUGGCCUUUAACUUAAUAAAC